GUCAGACAACAAAGGGAAUUACUUGUUGUGUGGAAAGUACCGGUCUAUCAGAAUGACUGAAACCCGAUCGUCCAACGGCCACAGAUGAUGUGAAUCAAUAUCCAAGUACGGUACGAGCACGAGUACCACAAUUUUAUGACGGCAGUCAAUCCUCGUCUUACUGUACACCCAUCUCGACCACGUUCCGUCAGCCGAUUGAGAUCACGAAUCUGCCCCAUCCUUUGGCUUCCUUGGACACUGACUGUACCCAUCGAAGUUUCGAAGCUGUUGAGCACUUUUUCCGGUUGACCCCGCGAAAUGUCCUGAAUUCCACGAAGCUCAAGUUUCACUGUCGCAAUGGCUAAAUUAGAGCCCAUCGAGGCUUUGCUGGCGCCGUCUCUGCGUGUUUCCAGGCCUGUUGCCGCCUGUGCACGUUGUCGAUCAGCCAAAAUCAAAUGCGACGGAAAAUUACCUGCCUGUUCAGCCUGCGAGCGCUCGGGCAAGGGGACGAGUUGCACCAGUGCCAAUGAUGACUUCGCGCGUGGCAAGGAACGGAGUUAUGUCGCCGCACUCGAGGGCGCUGCACAACGACUCCAAAGGAAGAUUGAGCGGGCUAGAGCAGAGGCCGCCAUCCAAGGCACCUCGUCUUCGACGCAUCGUCCUCCGAAGCACCGAAGAAUCAGUGGCACCCGUCGACGCGAAGCAUCAGACGUCGAUGAACUGGUCAGCGACUUCGGUUUUUUAACAGUGAAUGCCACGUCGAGAGACUUCCACGGCUUUACGUCUACCAUGUCAUUUGCCAAACUGCUCUUGUCGGCUGCUUCAAGGCGAGAAUUGCCUCCAACCGAGACCCGAGGACUCCCGCCUCGAUACGCCAUCAUGCCUAUGAUCAACCACUACCUGGAAAACAUCUAUGUUCUUUUACCCUUCUUCUCCGAGACAGAAUUGAUGAGUAGUCUCUCCCGGAUAUACAACGAGUCAGCCUCGAUUUCUUCAUCUGUGACACCUCUAGAUGUCUGGAAUGUGAGGCUAAUAUUGGCCAUUUCUUACGCCUCUUCCUCACAGCAAAAGGAUGACGAGAACGACAAGACGGCGUUGGAGCACAUGGCUGCAGCUCGUAGCUUGGCGAACUAUGUUCUUCAUCCCGGCUCUAUCACUGGCGUUCAAGCACUUCUCCUUCUCGUCGAAUACGCAUUGGUGGACCCGGCUCAUUUCGAUAGCUGGUAUUUGGUUGGAAUGGCUUCAAGAUUGGUCGUUGAUCUUGGCCUUCAUUGCGAGCCUCCCCCCGAGACCAAAAUCAGCAAAAACAUGCUGGAUCUUAGAAGACGAAUAUUUCACUGCACCUAUGCCCUUGACCGAUUGGUGAGCAUGUCUCUUGACCGAGCAUUCUCCUUCACAGAUGAUUCGGCUCCGGAUGUGCAGUUACCACAUUUGACCACAGAAAAUGUGCCCUCUCAUUUGUUCCUGCGUUCAAUCAGGCCGUCGCUCUUCCUUUUCGACAUCCGUCGAGUACAAUCCUCGUUUUAUCAGACCACGAGAUGGUCAUCACGGACACAAUGGCCCCUGGCCACCGCAGCAACGUACGCAAGCUCUGUCUCUAACGACAUUCAUGCGUGGUAUUCGACAAUUCCACCCAACUUGUCCCAGCGGCAUCUUAUGCUGUUCAAUCUCGAGCGGAUAUACUGUCAGAUCUUGGUGGUGUCGCCGAACCAGAGAGUACCUGCAAACAGCAUGACUGAUCUCAACAAGGAGCUGGUUUUUGAAUAUUCUGCUCAGUAUGCUGAUUUAUUUCAGCCCAUCACUCAGGAUGUCACCUGGCACGCGUACUUGACCUACGCCGAUAUAUGUAGGGCCAAGUACGUAGGGCAGAAAUUCGUUGAGGUGAUGUGGUCAGACUUUGACCGUCUUCUCAAGACUUCACAUACACUGCGAGAAGGUUCGCCCCUGGCACACAACCCUCCCCUAGAGAAUGCAGAGCGUGCGACUAUGUUUUUACGCAAGAUCGUUGAAGUCCUCGACUUCGCCAGACAUCGAUGGGCAAUGCCGGAAAUGCGAGAGCAAUUUGAACAAGAGUCUGCUGUACUCUUAUCGCGUCUAAAGAGUCGACAAGGCGAAGCGAAGCCCAGACAGUACACAAACACUUCAGACACCGGCGUUGAUCCUAAUAUGUAUGGUAUCGCGAGCAAUAGCGUUUAUGCGAGUGCUUCUCAGUAUGCCUACGAUGGUGCUCCAAUGAUGCAGCUGCCGAGUCCUCCAGUGCAACAAGAAUCAAACGCCCAAGGGGAGAUGAAACCACAACAGAUGUUGACGCCGCCCGAAGAAUACCGGGUGCCAGCGAAUUAUGGCAUGCCUCAAGGAUCUUUGCCACGGCGCAGCUAUGAAUUUUUCGGCGGCCGAUCAUGAAAUAUGAGAACAGGGGACACGAGGACAAGGUUUUUCAAACAUGGCCACCCCCAAGCUGUAGCAUGUGAUGGUGUGUGUACCCUGUCGCGUGCACCUGGGUCCAAAAAGUGAUAAUGGAAAUCUGCGGAGUCAAAUCAGUCAGAUCAUGCAUGCGCGCCGUCACGGGGCGAGGAUGAUCAAAUCGCGAAGGUCGCUCGAGGUCCUCAGUGGAUGGGGUGUGUUGAUAGAGUACUUUCAAUAGUGUGGGAGUAAUUUGGUGUGGGUGUGAGGACAGCGGAAGGGUUUGGCUACACUGCGCCCAAAUCCCUUUCAUCGCUGCACGUGUUGGAGAGGCUUCAGCUUAUUGCACCAAGUAGUAGCGUGGUGGUGCUGUGGCUGCAACCAUACUUUUGUACCAUGGUGGUAUAAGAAUGGCA